AUGCUUCGCCUCCGCUUUCAGCGGCAACUGGUUGCCAUCUCUUUUACGACUCUGGGUCUCUCAACUUACGGCCGGACCCGGCAACGGGACACGUUGCAGCAGGGGCGGGGCCUGCCGCUCUGUCACGCCCCCAGGGGCGGGCGCGCUCCCUCAUUGGCUCUCUCGCCGCUCCCGCCCAACGCGGCGGGAGGCGUCACGUGCCCCGGCGGGGCAGCGCGGCCGGGGCAAGGAGGAUCGCGGUGUCCGGCGGCUCCCGGGAUGCGGUGGCGGCUGCUGUGGCUGCUCAGUGCCGCCGCCGCCGCUGGCUGCUGGGGCCUCGCCGCGGGCAAGACGCUGCGGGGCGGCUUCGCCAGCGCCGCCUCCCGCCGGGAGCCGUGGCGGCCCGUGGCGCGCUUCCAGUUCCACGGUGACCAUGCUGUUCUGUGUGUCAGAAUCAAGAACGUAGCAGUAGCUGUGGCAAAAUCCGCUAGACUUCACCUCUUUCAAGCACAGGAAUGGCAGAAGGUGGAGAGCAGUGUCCAAGAUCACAGCUGUACAGAGAAGUUCUCUAAAGCUCAGCUGACAAUGACUGUGAACCACAGAGAGCAAAAUCUGACAGUGUCCCAGAUUCCUUAUCCGGAAACAUGGUAUGUGUUUUAUGUAGACAAGUUUACCUGCGAAGAGAAUUAUUCUGAAUCCGAGGAUAUUCAGUUUGAAAUGGUCUUACUAAACCCAGAUGCAGAAGGGAAUCCAUUAGAUCACUUUAGCGCAGGGGAAUCUGGAUUACAUGAAUUCUUUUUCCUGCUUGUCCUAGCAUACUUCAUAACUGCAUGCAUAUAUGCACAGUCCCUGUGGCAAACAAUUAGGAAGCGUGGACCUAUGCAUGGUGUAUUAAAGGUGUUGACAAUUGCAUUACUGUUGCAGGCUGGUUCAGCAUUUGCCAACUACCUGCAUUUCUCAAGUUAUUCUAGAGAUGGGAUAGGAGCUCCUUUUAUGGGAAGUCUGGCAGAAUUGUGUGACAUAGUCUCACAGAUACAAAUGCUGUACUUGUUGUUGAGUCUGUGUAUGGGUUGGACAAUAGGCAGAAUGAAGAAAUCUCAUGGCAGACCUCUUCAGUGGGAUUCCAGUCCAGCGUCUACUGGCAUUGCUGUAGUAGUUGUUGUUACACAGAGCUUUUUGUUAAUUUGGGAGCAGCUUGAAGAUACAGAUCACCACAGCUACCAUUCGCACCAUGGCUUGGCGAGCGGGCUGCUCAUUGGCCUCAGAGUCUGCCUAGCUCUGUCCCUGGCUGCUGGGCUGUACCAGAUUAUCACAGUGGAGAGAAGCACACUGAAAAGGGAGUUCUACAUCACCUUUGCCAAAGCCUGCAUUCUCUGGUUUCUGUGCCACCCAUGUCUUGCAACCAUUGCUGUAAUAUUCAGAGAAUAUCAAAGAGAAAAGAUUAUUACCAUAGGUGUUAUCCUCUGUCAGUGCAUCUCCAUGGUUAUCCUCUACAGACUUUUUCUGUCUCAUAGUCUAUAUUGGGAAGUAUCUUCAUUGUCAUCAGUGACAUUGCCACUAACAAUAUCCUCUGGACAUAAAAAUCGACAUCACUUCUGAGAUGUUUAGGAAGAAUACAUUAUGUAAUAAAUGUGCAAUAAUGA